AUUUGUGGUACCUCUGAUUUUAUCGCCAUUUACAAUUUGAUGUUUUGACAGCAGGCCAGCAAUUAUGGAAGAAGACGAGAAACUAAAUGAACAGUUGAACUCAAAAUAUGGGAUGAAAUUGCAUAAAAUGUGCAAACGAUGAGUGUUGUGAUGGCAUAGUUUAAAACAGUUUCAUUUAUCAUUCGUUGGUUGUGAAGAUUUUUAUAUUACCCUAAUGAAAGAAUCAAUUUCUACCGAAGGUUGUGUGAACAGUUUAGCUAGAAUGGACUCCACUGAUGAUGCUUACUACAGCGACAUGACAACGUCAAAUAUUAGUGUCACUUCUGGGCCUGUCAGUAGACGUUCACAUCAGAAACACCAUCGACGUCAUCAUGACCACACUUUGAAAUUGGUCAAUCAGAACACAGAAAGAGAGAAUAGCAGUCCAGACAGUGAUGAUUCAAAUCCCGGACAAAUAUUUUCGUUCCGACGGACGGGAAGUGAAAAAAUUGCUCUAAACAAAGGGACGUCACUCCCGUCAGAACUUAAAGAACUCGAUGGCGAGACUUGCGACUGUCAUUGUGGUGCCUGCUGCAGUUGUCGUAGUAAUCAUUCUCAAAAUCGGCACUCGCAAGGUUGCCCUGUACACAAUUUUAUUUGUAAGAAAUUAUCGGACGGGGCUGACUGCCAGGUCUCGACAAACAAAGAAACACAACAACUACCCAGUCCGACGGCCAUAGAGUCCUGGGGACAUUUUAGCAAACACCGUGGUAACCAUUACAAGUAUCGUCGAAGUGACUAUUCAAGCGACAGCGAUGAAGAUUCUGCUGUAGGAUCGAACAAAAAAAAUCUCAAGACACAAAUGCUUGUGAAACAAAAAUCUCAUUUACCCAGUUUGACAUUGACUCGACAGAGUUCCUCAUCCUCGGCACGGAGUUACGAUAAAUCGCUAAACAAUUCCAUAGACCCCUUGAACUCCAUGGAUGGAGUUAAUCCACUGACAUUUAAAGAAAGGGUCAAAACAAUGGUGCGUUGGUUUUCAGACUUCAACGAUGAACAGAAAAAUCUCAUGCUGAAGGAAUUGCUUAUGGGUUGUGAGCUGCCCCAGCUUCAUCUGCUGUCGGUCAAGAUGGAGGCCAAUCUCCACCAUGGCUGCCCACCAAACUGCCAGGACCUUCUAACCUGGCUGCCCACAAACCAAGCAACUAAGAUACUCUCCUACCUUGAUCCAGUCAGUCUGUGUCGCGCGUGCCAAGUCUGUAAAGUAUGGAGCCAGUUGUCUGAAGAGCAGUCGCUAUGGCGACGGUUUUGUUGUCAGCCAAAAUGGCGGCUGUGUAAAGCGGCGGAGCAUAAACAAGUCAUAAGUCACAUGUCACAUGGCAGUAUACAGUGGAAGAAAGUGUUUGCUGAGCGUUACCGCCUGAGAAACAACUGGCUGAAAGGACGAUGUACAGUCCGCACGUUUGAAGGGCACUCGCAAGGAAUAUCCUGCGUGCAGUUUGAUGACACUCGAAUAGUCAGUGGGUCGUCAGAUAAAACUAUCAAGGUUUGGAAUAUCCGCACAAAUGCUCAGUGGUCAGUCCAAACACUUGUUGGUCACAGUGGGACUGUUAGAUGUCUACAUCUUGAGGGCAACAGGCUGGUCAGUGGAUCUACAGACUGUAUGAUCAAGGUGUGGGAUUUAUCUACACAGGAAAGCUGGUCAAGUAUAGCUUGCAAAGUUACCAUGACAGGGCAUUCUGACACAGUGCGAUGCCUGCAGGUGGACGAUGUUAAAGUGAUCAGUGGCUCAUAUGACAAGACAUUGAAAAUCUGGGAUCUCUACACCGGCAGAUGCACCAUGACUUUGAGAGGACACCAUGCUGCCGUGUUGUGUGUUCAUUUUAAUGACACGAAGGUUGUUUCUGGGUCUUGCGACAAGACAAUCAAGGUCUGGAACUACCAAGGAGCAUGCAUCAUGACUCUGAAUGGGCACCAAGAUGCUGUCACUUGCCUACAGUUUGAUGCUACGAGAAUUGUCAGCGGGUCCCUUGACUGUAACCUGAAGUUUUGGGAUGUUCAUUCCGGCGAGUGUAUCAACACGAUCGAUUGGAAGGCUGCCGAAGGUCACACUGGGGUUGUUCGCUGCUUGCAGGCAGACAGCUGGCGUCUUGUCAGUGCGGCAGAUGAUAAAACUAUCAAGGUUUGGAACUUGGAAACUGGAAAGCGACUAGUGACGUUACGAAAUCACACAGACGGGGUUACGUGCUUGCAGUUUAAUGACUUCAUUAUCGUCUCCGGUUCUUACGAUAAAACAGUGAAACUCUGGGACUUCAGUUCGUGUUAGCUACGUGAUCUGUAAAAAAAAUUGCCAUUUAAAAUUUCCAUGAUCCUUAAAGCUGCACUCUCACCGAUUGACUGUUUUGACGUCUUUUUUAUUUUUUAUCUUGGAAUUAACCAAUUUUUUCGAAAAUGUAUGGAAACCAGUGAUACAAGACUGCAGACAAAAGAUCAGAUCAUAUUUAUUCGAAAAUUGAUAAUUUAUGGCUAAAAGCGAUAAGAAAAAAUAAAAAUUAUGGCAUUUUCUAAAACAAUUGAGAUCUGUUCAUAUUCUCUUAUGACUGAAUUAAAGGCAUUGAUACCAAAAUCAGCUUAUUCUGAGACAAAAAUAAAAUAAAAUGUCAAAACUGUCAAUCUGAGAGAGAGCAGCUUUAAAAAGAUUGCCAUAUUGAAAAUUUCCAUGAUCCAUAUAAAGAUUGCCAUUGAAAAUGUCAGAAAUUAUUUAUAUUUUUGUUGUGAAUGAUAUUGUGAUUUUUUUGUACUAAAUUCAUAUUAUUUAUCUUCCUGUUACUAAACUUGCACAUGAAGAUUAUAGCUUUUAAAAUAGAGAUGCAAGAUUAUUUUUGUGUUAUCUUUAAGUUGAGAAAUAACUUACAAAUAUGAUUUUUUGGUGCAGAUUUAAUAUUAUUAUCUUUUAAAUCAAUCUCUACAAUGAUAAACUUACAAAGCAUCAUGUUCGAUGGUUUAUAAAUUGUUAAAAGGAACAAAUACACGUAGGCCAUUUACCAGUAAUUCGGAAGUUUAUUUUCUUUUGCAAAAUUAAGACAUCAUUUUACUGUGAUUUUGUGUUUUUAAUGAAGCCAGUGCAUUAUAUUAUUUACCUGCUGAAAUAGAAGAUAUUUCUUAAGACCCCUGUGUAUAUUUAUUAGCCUUUUUGUUGGGUAAUAUUUCAUGGUUUAUUACAAACAUAUUCCUACGUGCAGUUGUUCAUUUAGAUCUUUUUCUAGGUUGUAAAUUCAGUUUUUUUAAAAUCCUUCUGGGCGUUGUAAAGUAUUUAGCUUAUACUUGCCAUUUACUAUGUCUUGUGUAUUUGGAAUUAAGAUUUUUUAAGAUUUUCAGAUUGCAUGUUUUUCUGCAAAAAAGGCGACCUCGGUGUCGUUGCCGUCAUUUGAAAAAAAUCAAACCUCAACAACUUUUUAAGAUAUUCAAUUGAAAUUUGGUACAAAUUAUGACAGACACAAUACACCAUGAUGUACACCAUGGCCCAUAGCUCUGGAUUGAAUGGUUUUUGAGUUAUGCCCCUUUUUUGAAUGAAAAAAACAACUAAAGACAAGGGUUGGUGUGUGAUUUGUGGCGCUCCGUUUAUUUUUGAAGGGUGUAGAAAAUAUUGAAAGUUAUAUGUUAUUCAGGGUUGUUAAUGCAUUUAUUUGCUUAUAUUCUAUUUACACUAUUGUUAUUUUUCAAUUCAGUAUUUGUGCAUUUAUAAAAAUACUUCUAUUUUUGUCAGGUCUGAAAAAAAUCAAUUAUAACUAUUUAAAGUAAGGCAUCCAUCAUUAGGAUUCAGAAAUGAUCUAAUUCAUUUUAGAUACUACCAUCAAGAUUAAUUCUAGGUUUAAUUUAUAUUAAUCAUUCUAUUAUUUUCCCCAUAAUGACACUAUUAUUAUGAUAUGAUGUAUUAAAGGGAGGUAAUUCAACAAAACUUCUUAAAUAUCUUCAUGCAUCUAUGAACAAAAGCUCUUGGUGAAAACUUGAAAAUAUAAAAAUAAAAUGUUGUUUUAUUUAUAAAACGUUUUGUUCUUUUGAAAUGAAACCUUUUUAAUAAAUGAUGGAUGGCUUACCUUAAAAUUCUGUGUAGUUUAUUAAAGUUGGAAUUGUUUGAAGGUUGUGAAUAAAAUAUCAGUUUUAUUUCUUAAUGCUUUAUUUGACUUCAAAAAUAUGUAAGUUUCUUAAAACAUUUCCAAUGCAAUAAUUGUACAUUUAAAAUUCUUAUUUGGCAUAGUUAAAUUUCUCAAUUCUUUUAUGUGUUUUAUGAAAUGUGUUGAGGAUCUUUAUAAAUUGUAAAGAAAAUGAAUUAUAGGUUCACCACAAUAGAGACAUGUACAAAAUUAUAUGUAUAUCUUAUUUCUGAAAGUAUUUAUUUAAUAAUUAAGUACUAUUAAACUGAGACAUUGUUUUAAAUCUAUUCUAGAUUUCAGUGUUAUAAUGUUUUGUUGCGUAAACUAAUGGUUUCACGUAAUCUAGAAAAUUAUCUUAUAAUUCAUAAUUCAGUUAUGUUUUCACAAUUUAUUUCUAGUCUUGAUUUCUUCAGCAUUACAUCAUUCUCAUUUUCUCACCUUUAUUUCUCAUGAAGUCAACAUAUCAUCUGGUGUAGCUCCAUGUAGGCACUUAAGUCCUGGGCCAGCACAAGAUUUUUCAAAGAAUGGUAUUUUUAAAUAGUAAAAAAAUAGCAUUUAAAAAUUUAAGCAUUUUUUUUUUGCUUUUAUUUGUUUUAUUCCAAGAUGAAGGUGAAAAAUCAUGUAAGAUCAUCGUGCUGUAACAAAAUUCAUGGGAGAGCAUGACCAUUCCCAGCCCCAGCACACCUGGCCUGCACAUCAAUACAGGGGCCGUCCGUAUUCGUAUUAAACCAGGAAAUGUUGUACCCUUAGUAAUUUAUUUUUAACUGAGUGAAAAAUUGUGAAUUUUUAAUAAUGAAUAUUUUAGAUACCCUCCAUAAGAACUUUUUCACAAAUUUCCCUAUUAAGGAGCUUUAUAUCUAUGGCCACUUGUUUAGCGAUGUUCCUGAUGUCAUGGACCUUUUUUAAGAAGCAGUUUCCGCAGAAAUCCUAGGAGAAUUUUUGCACCUAGGAGAGAUUUUGGACAGUUUUUAUUCUCUCAUGGAAAUCACUCCUAGUGAAAAAAAACCCUAUAUUUCUAGUCCUUCACUUGACAAAAUUGUGUUCAUUUUGCCUUUUCAUCUUGUUUGUGGUGCUACAUAUUAUAUUAAUAUAUCUAUUCAAACCAAAUAUUAUGGAGAAUUUCAAAACAAAACUGUUUUGAACUUGCUUGAUUAUAGAACAAAAAUAAUUGCUAAAUACGCAUUACAUAUUUUUGUAAACCAGGCCCCAAUUUCUCGAAACUUCUUGAGGUCAAUAGGCUUAAGUAGCUUAUUUCAAUUAGCCAAAAUACAUACUUAAAUUUGAUUUUGGUAAUUAAAAACUGGUUUAUUGGGAUUUUUAUAAAGAUAAUUACUUUUUAAAGUCUUAACAGUCUUAAAGAAAUAAAUUCAAUACUAAUUAUAGAAAAACAAGAAUAGUGAGCUAAGCUUAAUCCUGUUAUAAGGGACUUAAGAAGUUGGGGCCAGAUGGUUUUUGCCAGUUUUUCAUUGCUCGAUUUUCUUUCAUUGUUUCCCCCAAAAUAUUGAUAGAACUUGUGUAGUAGAAUGGUAUGAUCUCUCAUAUUGAACAUGACUUCAUGUUGUAUAUUGUUUUAUCGUAAGAAUAUACAAUAUGACAUUUGUAUUUAUUGAAUGGCAACCCUCAAUGUAUUGUUAAAGUCAGACAUGUGAUUAGAAAUACGAGUUAUACAUAGUUGUGUCAUUGAUAAAAUCCAUCCUCAGAACCCAUUUAAUUCAUAAUGUACAACUCCAAUAAAUACCCUUGAAAAAUAUACUGCAGAGACCUCAUACUCAUGAAUAUUAAUGAGGUGAAAUCAGGUCAUUUGAUUGGAUGCCUGAGACACACAUCAUGCAAUGUGGAAAUAGCCCAGAAGUUUAUUUGAUUAUGAAUAUUCAUGCAUUACCAACUUCCCUAGCUGGGUUAAGGUUAGGGUUAGGGUAACCCUUUCCCACAGAACAUUCUGUAGAGUAAUCAGAAUAAUAAAGAUUGGGUUCUGACGAUGUGAAAUAUCCUGAUGUACUGUUUGUGCUCACAAGCUGUGUUCUUAUAUUGUCAUUGUUAUUUUUUUACCUUCUAAAGACAUUAUUUGUAUAUUUUUAUUGUUGUGAAGUGUGAAAAUGGUAAUUGUAUUGUUGGAAUAUUUUAUCCUGAAUUCUCCACCUUUAAAUCAGAAAAGUAUUUUUCACCUACGAUAUUCUUAUGUCCGAAUUUAACAGGUGUGGAACAAAAUGCCGUACUACAAAAUCCUGAAUGAUGGAAAAUACGGCCAAUAGCUAAUACUGCCCUUCGAUUAUACCUUCCAAAUUGGGAGAUGAUAUGGACCAGAUUGAAAGACUAUACCAAAAUGAAUGGCUGAACAUACGGCCCUAAUUUGAUUCAUAAUGUUUUUCAAACUGAUCUCUAUCAUCUGCCAAUCUUUGCGGUAUAACAAACUGGGCAAUAAAAUUGUUUGAGCCGUAAUUGUUGAUGGGCUGUAUUUGCCUGCAUAAUAAAAUUGCCCAACAAAUAUUUUGAUAGACAAGCUGUCAUGUUUAUGGGGUUUUCCUGUACUGAAACUUCAAAUCGAGGUUUAAAAUAUUCAGCCAUAGAAUUGACCAGUUUAAAGGCCUAUUGUUAUUAUUAUUAUCAUCUGUUGUUGUGAAUUUCUGUUGUGAUAAGUUUUAUUACAUUUUAUUCUUUUAGAUUAUAGCUAGCGCUCUUUGAAUAUAGAGGGUUUACUGCAAGAUUUUUGCCACUGCCUUUAUAUAAUUUAUAAAAACGGAGUUACCGUAUUUGUUCUUAUUGAGGCACAUACCCUAAUAGAUGCACUGUGGUAUUUUCCUGGGCAUUUUCAUUGAUUCUAUGCCCUUAAUAAUGCUAAUUCUGAUUCAAAACCUCAAAAUAUUAAAGCUUAUUUUGUUGUAAGGCAGUCUAUUUGUGAGUAAUUUUGCCAACUAAAAACCAAUAUCAUGGUGCACUACUUUUAAAGAGGUUGCAGUAGUAAUAAUCAUUCCAUCAUUGUUUACUGAUAUAUGCAGACAAUAUUCUUGAUGCAAGGUGGUCUUAAAGGGGACAUGUACAGGGGCACCUAUAAGGGCAAACAUGAUAUUACAUUUUUUGUAGAUGAGCGUCUAUUAGGACAAAAAUGGUAUAACAUUUUGUAGAUAAGGUAAAAAAUUGUGAAAUUGCAGAGAACACAGAUUUCAAUUUUUUUUUAAAGUUUUGCAAAAUUUUAUCUGUGUCAAUUUAUCCAUCUUUAUAACAAGUAUAUUUUGGAUGAAUCUACCCUGAUCAUUUAUUUAUUAAGCUACACUAGUAUUAUGUUUUCAGUUGAUCAAAGAUUAAGAUAGAUUGUUUACUUUUUGUCAAACUAAAUAAUAUCAAUUAGGGUAAGCCGAGAUGAUAUAAUAUAAGGAAGUGGAUGCCUUAAUUAUGAACUUAAAAACUUGAAGCAUACCCCUACUUGUCAAACUCUUCCUAUAAUGAAUUAUUCCCCAACAGGUUAAAAUGAUGUUUAAUUAAGUACAUUUAACUUGUAUGAGUUGUGAACUUGAAAACAACACUGUGUUUGAUUUAAUCCAUACUUGAAGGCUAUCCUUAAAAACAUCUUUGUUUGCGGCUACCUGACCAACUCAGCCCAGCCUAAUAAAUGUUUUGGCCUGCCCGUUUUCAAUAAUUGCAUAUUUUCUACAAGGGAUUUAAUAGCCAAAAGAUGCAUACUACAGAAAACAAUCCUUACUUACCGUCACAUUCUCAAAAUUGUGGGUAGGGUUACCCCAAGCAAUUGUGGGUAGGGUUACCCCAAGCAAUUGUGGGUAGGGUUACCCCAAGCAAUUGUGGGUAGGGUUACCCCAAGCAAUUGUGGGUAGGGUUACCCCAAGCAAUUGUGGGUAGGGUUACCCCAAGCAAUUGUGGGUAGGGUUACCCCAAGCAAUUGUGGUUAGGGUUACUCCAAGCAAUUGUGGGUAGGGUUACCCCAAGCAAUUGUGGGUAGGGUUACCCCAAGCAAUUGUGGGUAGGGUUACCCCAAGCAAUCGUGGGUAGGGUUACCCCAAGCAAUUGUGGGUAGGGUUACCCCAAGCAAUUGUGGGUAGGGUUACCCCAAGCAAACAUUUUUAAAUAAGGACCCAACUGGUCAAUUAGAAAAUUUACCUAUAUGAAUUGUUUAACUAGAAAACAUCACUGUGAUUACUACUGAACUACUUCAUCCUGUUAUUAUUGUACUCUUUGUACAGAUAGAGCAUAAUAAAAAAAA